AUGAAAAGGCUAGUAACUUUUCCAGGCCAAGGAAGCCCCGUGCUGGGCAAUGUUUUAAGUAAGUAUCUAGCACAACGUAGCCAAGUAAUUAGCUUUGAUAGGUGUGGAGGAUGGACAGAAGUGAGCAAAGUGGCAGCACAGAUAGAGCGAAAGCCUACAGAUCCAGCAUCAAUUGCAGCCUGUUCGUAUCUGCUGUACCACUCGUUUUUGGAGGACACGAAGAUUGUCAAUAAAGAACCUUGUUCUAGCAUUAUUUUCUUGGGCCACUCUUUGGGCGAGCUGUCAUGUCUGGGCGCUGGUAAUGAGCUCUUCACCCUGCACCAAAGCAUGAAGAUCGCCACUUAUCGUAACAAACUCAUGCUGCAUGCUGCAGGAGCCUCCAAAUACGGUAUGUGGGCGGUUUCAGUCCCCAGAGCGCGCGACUUGGCUCGAGAAAUUCGCAACUGCCUCCCAGAAGAAAGUAGUUUGGCGCUCGCAAACAUCAACACUGCCCAGCAGUGUGUCGUUACCGGUACGGGAACAGAUUUUGAGCGUUGGGAGUCGUUGUUGCGCCAGGCAAUCAGUGGCCGUUGUAAAAUCACACAGCUGGAAAACCCUUUUGGCAUCCCGUUCCACAACAGACGGGUAUUAGCAUCAAUUGAAGAACCGCUGCUUAACUUUAUGUGGCAGAUGUUGAGGGAACAAGGCGUGGCCAGCCAAAAAAUGCUCAACCACGAAGUGAUCUCCAACUUCAACGGUAAACGCGUGCAGACGGUCACAGAGGCACUCGAAAGCUUUGCUAAAAGCAGUUGCAACGUCGUCGAUUUUGUCAGGUGCUGUGAAACGGUGAACCAGCUGGAUUUUACGGAAGCUUUGCACAUUGGACCUGGAACACAUGUGGGUAAACUUGUGGCGAAAAACUGUCGUAUCUUGAAAGUCGAGACUUGGGACGAACACAUGAGGGAAAACAGUGGGCAUCAAUCGUAG